AUGUCGUCUGGUAAUCAGAGUCCAGCGAUACUCCCAGUAUCAUGUUCAUUAAGCUCCAUUUCGUUGGGAGAAGGUAAACCGAUUUGUAGAAUUUGCCACAAUACUAGCGGAAAGGACCAAGGUCGAGAACCUUUACAAAAAGUUUGCUGGUGUAAAGGAACCAUGGGAAAGGUGCAUAAAUCCUGCUUGGAGUUGUGGUUAAAUUCAGCCCACAACAGAACGUGUCCAAUUUGUCGCUACCGUUUUCGCACAAGAAGAGUUUACAAGCCUAUCAGAAAGGUAUUUUAUAAAAAAUAGUAUUCCAUUUUUUAGCGUUCUUGUGACCAAAUCUCGAAACAUUUCCCAGACUGAAUACCAAAAUUAAUGACCCGUAAUGAAUUCAUUUCAGCAUGCGAGGCAAAAUGAAAUUAGAGUCGCGUUUCAUUAAGUUCUUUGUUGGUUUACAGCAUGACCUUUACUUUCGAUUCGUACUAGAAAUCCCAUUUUGACUAGUUUACAACUAUUCACCGAGGUGGAGGCGGCGAAGCAGCGAUGUAAGUGUCCAUCACUAGCCACCGACACAGGUGAACAGUAUUUUUAGUGUAUACCAAAACAGUGAGAUAAUAUAGCACAAAAAGGUGAGUUACACUUGUAAUAUUUCCGGGUGCAAGUCCCGCGCGCAAAUGCUCGGAGGUGAAUAGCAAUGGUACCCGAAAUUUAAGUAGCCAAUCAGAGCGCGCUAUCGACGCUAUCCUCUAUUUUAGUAUAUAAAUAUACUAAUUUGGGUUACUUGGGGUAGUGCAGAAUUGCCUUAAUGAUAACAAUGACAUUUACUGGUCUUUGCUGAUUAUUUCAUUUCGGUUGAUGUUAGAUGUGAGUCGAGAUUGCAAGAUAUCACAAAAUUGUGCAUACUUUACCUUUCCUUGUCCUUGAAUUAUUAGAGAAACUACAUUCGCUGCUUUGUAAAAUAUCAUUUCAUCUCAUGCUCUCUGUGUUUGCAGUGGCGAUGCCUUCCAAUGCAAGCAAACGACAUUGCCAUGCUGAUAUUCAAUGUUUUGUUUCUUGGGAUGGUGUGUGUUCAAGUUUCUGGUAUUGGCUUCCUUCUCAAUCGUUACAGCAAACAAUCAGAAUGCAACGCCGCACUGAGUUUAGGAAUUGCAGGAAUCGCAUCUGGACUUCCAUUUUUCAUGUCUUUUUGGAUAGGAUCGAUGGUGAAUAUCUAUACUUCUAAUUAUUGGGCUAUGUGGCGUCGAAAAAACAAACACGUGGUAGUGAUCAUCGAAAACUUCAGUGACACAGAAGUUGUUUAG